GGUCAGCAUUAUUGUUUUAUUCGUGGUUAAACAUGGGACUCCAUAUUCUGGUGCUCGGUGUAUUUCUGCAACUGUUCAGCUAUGUGGUUUCAGAGCAAAGUGCAUUACUAUCCAGCUGCCCAUAUGGUCACGGAAAUGAAGGCUUCAAUUUGGAUACAGAUCACUCGGACAGAGAAAGAAGGAAUGCUCAACCCUUUCAGCUGGAAGUGCGACCAAGUGUAAAUGAGCCAAAUUUGGAUGUGUUUCUAAAGGACUUCCUGCCAAAAUAUAAUGUAAAUCCCAGCUCUGUGACCAGCGGCUGGCUGGAUCUUCCAAGCAUUGAGAAGCAGCCAUCGGAGCCUAUUAAAUGUGGCUUACCGCCACAAAAUUGUCUUAAUGAUUCCCUGAAUUUACAUUAUCGCAGCAUAGAUGGUUCCUGCAACAAUUUACUCUAUCCGGAAUUUGGCAUCGCAAUAAACAGAUAUAGACGACUGCUUCCACCCAGAUACGUUGACCAGCACGUUCAGGCAGUGCCCAAUGCCCGUCUAAUCUCAUUAUCGUUGUACGGAGAGACAACAAAGACGGAUAGUUAUCGCACUAUGGCGGCUAUGCAAUGGGGUCAAUUCGUUGCCCACGACAUCAGCCAGCUGACAACCAAGGGAGCUCCCAAAGAUUGUUGUGCCGAGCCCCAGCAUCCACAGUGUAAGCCCAUUGCCCUGCCUCGUGGAGGUCCGAUUGCGUACAACACGGGCAAAUCAUGCCUAAGUUUCGCCCGUGCCAUAUCAGACGCUGAUGCCAUUUGUCCCAAGAGCGACUUGCCAUAUUCCGAAAAACUUUCAGUGGUGACCUCGUAUUUGGAUCUCUCUUCUUUGUACGGUAAUUCUCCGGCCCAGAAUCGACGUGUGCGCCUAUUCAAGGGCGGACUGCUUCGCACAAGUUAUGUUAAUGGCCAACACUGGGUACCAGUGAGUCACAAUGAGAAUGGCGAAUGCGGCAGCAAGAGUGAAUGUUAUAGUAUGCCAGACAGGCGCAAUCGCUUCACCCCAACAAUUGCAUUGCUGCAUACGAUUCUGUUGCGCGAACACAAUCGAUUGGCCGAGCAGUUGGCACUUCUCAAUCCGGCCUACAAUGACGAGAGAUUGUAUCAAGAGGCACGGAAAAUUAAUAUUGCACAGUUUCAAAAGAUUACCUACUACGAUUGGGUCCCACUGUUCCUAGGACGCGACUACGCGCAAUUAAAUGGACUCAUCUAUCCGGAGGAAUCGAAUGAGUUCGUAAAUGAUUAUGAUGAGAGUGUUAAUCCCAGUGCGUAUGCUGAGUUUUCGGCUGCAGCUUUUCGUUACUCCCACACACAGAUUCCAGGAUGGUUCUCACUUGUUGCCCCCAAUCGUAGCUCGAAUCAAACCCUGCGCCUUAGUGACUAUUUUGAACGUCCAGAGACCAUCCAAUUAUUGUCUUCCAGCGAUAACUUUGAUGCUCUAAUACGCGGUCUGGCUACUCAAUUGCAAAAACGUUCCGAUGCCAAUGUCGAUGUGGAGAUUAAACACUAUUUUAAUCGUAAGGAGUUCCAAGAGUACGGUGCCGAUCUGAAAUCCUUUGAUAUCCAGCGUGGUCGUGAUUUUGGUUUGGCUUCCUACAACGAUGUCCGAGAAUUCUGUGGUCUGCGUCGCGCCAACUAUUGGGAGGAUUUUGCUGCUGAGAUUUCUGGCGAGAAAAUCUCAUUGUUGCGUAAAUUGUACGCCUCACCCGAUGACGUCGAACUAACCGUGGGUGGUUCACUGGAAUUCCAUGCUCCGGAGGCUCUUUACGGUCCAACUAUGUUGUGUAUUGUGGGCAAACAAUUGUUGAAUUCACGUCGCAGCGAUCGUUUCUUCUUUGAGCGUGACAAUCAUCUCAGUGGAUUCUCGCGCACUCAAUUGGCGGAAAUUCGUAAGGCUAGUUUGGCUGGUCUAUUCUGUAGCAAUGCCCACUACUUACAUUAUAUUCAGGCUAAUGUAUUUGUAUUCCCGAAUGGCCGCAACUCUUUGCUUAACUGCAAUGAUAUACCCCAGGUAGAUCUUAGCAAAUGGCAAGAUUUUAGGGCUCAAAUUAUGAACUAACAGAUCUCUAAAUAAUUGCAAGUUAUUUCAAGAGUAUAUAAAGUUCUUUUACUAAGUACUAAGUGAGGAAAUAUAUCGUUUAAAAAAGAAAUAAAAUUAAACAUUUUGUUAUAAAUUAAAUAAAUUAUUAUUACAUUUUACUGAAUUGCAUUUAGGCCAUUAUAACAUGGUGGUUCUUUGUAAAGGGAAAUAAAUAUAUAAAGACCAUGAAUAUGAGACACACAAAGUAA